ACGGCGUAUGCUGUAAAAUCUGGCACAAUUCGACACGUUAUGUCAGGCCAUUGCUUACACCCUCAAGAUCACUGCGAAGGCCUCCAAUGGUGGACUGAAUUCUUGUCACGCUCCUAGAACACUCUCGCGUCCCUUUCACUCACUCAAUCGACACACACAUAACCCAGUGACUCUUCAUCCUUCGCAAGAGCCGGCCCACCUUUUAAUAAAUAAAAUCUCAGAAAAAAUUUAGUGUUUUUCACGUUAUUAUAUUGAAAAAAAUAUAUAAAGAUCAUCAUGAUCCCAAUGUCAUCUUCAGGGUACAGUUCGUAGAUUGAUAAUGGCGAGUAUAUCAAACACACUUUCAUUGAAGCAUGGGCUUUCUCUGUGGUGUCCACAGUCAACUCCCUUGAAUCGAAUUCAUCGGGGUUCUUGUUCAUUUCCUUCCAGAAGCUUCCGUAGAUGCUUCACGGUCUCUGCUUCCUCUUUCGCCAAUGAAAAUCGGGAGUUUGUGAUAGUAGGAGGUGGGAAUUCAGCGGGAUAUGCAGCUCGGACUUUUGUAGAGCAUGGAAUGGCUAGUGGAAAGCUUUGCAUUGUCUCCAAAGAGGCAUAUGCACCGUAUGAGCGGCCAGCAUUGACAAAAGCUUAUUUGUUCCCUUUGGAUAAAAAGCCAGCUCGAUUGCCAGGUUUCCAUACUUGUGUUGGCACGGGUGGAGAAAGGCAAACUCCUGACUGGUACAAGGAGCAAGGAAUAGAGAUGUUGUACGAAGAUCCGAUAGUCAAUGUUGAUACUGAAAAGCAAACAUUGAAAACAAAUUCUGGAAAAUUGCUCAAAUAUGGAUCCCUCAUUAUUGCUACUGGUUGUUCAGCCUCCAGAUUUCCAGAUAAAAUUGGAGGAAACUUACCUGGUGUUCACUAUAUCCGGGAUGUUGCAGAUGCUGAUUCAUUGAUAUCCUCGUUGGAGAAAGCGAAAAAAGUCGUGGUUGUUGGUGGUGGUUAUAUUGGCAUGGAAGUUGCAGCAGCAACUAGUGGUUGGAAUCUUGAUACCACUGUGAUAUUUCCGGAAGAUCAUCUUAUGCCAAGAUUGUUCACUCCAUCACUUGCCCAAAAGUAUGAAAAGCUAUACCAAGAUUAUGGUGUUAAAUUUGUCAAGGGCACUUCCAUAAAGAAUUUAGAAGCUGGUCCUGAUGGACAUGUGUCUGGUGUUAAACUCGAGAAUGGAUCCACCAUUGAAGCAGACACGGUUGUCAUUGGAAUUGGAGCAAAACCUGCUGUGGGUCCCUUUGAAAAGAUUGGCUUAAAUAGCAGCGUGGGAGGAAUACAGGUUGAUGGCCAGUUUAGAACGGGCAUACCAGGAAUUUUUGCAAUCGGAGAUGUUGCGGCGUUCCCCUUAAAGGUGUGUUCUUUUUACGAACUAAAAGUAGAAAACUUAGUUUUUCAUGGAGUCAUGAUCUCACGUCGUGUUAAACUGAAACAGAUUUACGACCGAAUUUCAAGGGUUGAGCACGUUGAUCAUGCUCGUCGAUCUGCUCAACAUUGUGUUAAAUCACUACUAACUGCACAUACGGACACGUAUGACUAUCUCCCAUAUUUUUACUCAAGGGUUUUUGAGUACGAAGGGAGCCCAAGAAAAGUCUGGUGGCAGUUCUUCGGAGACAAUGUUGGAGAGACUGUUCAAAUCGGAAAUUUUGAUCCAAAAGUUGCAACUUUCUGGAUUGACUCUGGUAUACUAAAGGGAGUUCUUCUUGAAAGUGGAACAGCAGAGGAAUUCCAACUGCUCCCUAAACUCGCAAGGAGCCAACCUUCAAUCGACAAAGCCAAACUUCAGAAUGCAUCUUCUGUCGAGGAGGCACUAGAAAUUGCUCGAGCUUCAUUACAGGUUGGAGCUGCAGAUUAGUUUGUAUCGUUAGCUGGAUAUUGCAUAAUUAAAAUCAUAGGGACAUUCCUUUUUCCCCCGUCGUUGGUCUACAUUUCAUGGUUUAUAUAGAGGAUACCUUAUAUUAAUAAGCCCAAGCUUCUGCCUGUAACUUGAAUACCUCAUUUUUAUUACUUGACAUGCCAAAUAAAGUUGUGAGAGAGAGAGAGGUUAUGACAGUGCAUCAGUUGGGCAAGCGCAUGUUAUAUGGUAUAUUUUGACUUACAUUUACAUUUCAUUUUUAUCACUUGCGCGUUUAAGAC